CCAGUUGACGAGUUGAAGAAAAAAAAAACUCACACACAUCCAACAUCCAACCAACUAGUCCAGUGCUCUGUUUGCCGUUCAGAUUUUUUUUUCGUUGAAAGCGUACAAAAAAUUACGCCACUUCAAAAAAAUCGAAGGUGUACACGGCGAAUAAGAAAAAGGGAAUAUAAUUUUUUUUUUUGAUUUGAAGGGCCACCACAAAUUUUGCCAAGAGCACACCAAACUGCAUGUGCUAGAAAGAGACCCGUCACAUCGGCGAACGGAACAAAAAUAGCAAAACCACAAUGGCGAACCAACCUUUCACCGGUGUUGUGGUUCCAAGAAAUUUUCGUUUACUCGAAGAACUAGAACAAGGACAAAAAGGCGUGGGUGAUGGAACGAUCUCCUGGGGUCUAGAAAAUGAUGAUGAUAUGACAUUAACACACUGGACAGGCAUGAUAAUUGGGCCUCCCAGAACACCCUACGAAAACCGAAUAUAUUCAUUGAAAAUUGAAUGCGGUGAACGCUACCCAGAUGAUCCUCCAACUCUUAGAUUUUUAUCAAAAAUUAAUAUUAAUUGUAUUAAUCAAAGUAAUGGUGUGGUCGACCACAGAUUAGUUCCCAUGCUAGCCAGAUGGAAUCGCGAAUACACUAUAAAAACAAUGCUUCAGGAAAUUCGUAGGAUUAUGACUUGCAAAGAAAAUUUAAAGUUGGCGCAACCACCAGAAGGCAGCUGUUUUUAGUUGAACGUUUUCUCUUAAAUAAUAUAAAACAAAACAAAAAACAAAAAUCACUUAUCCCCCAACAACAAAAAGUCUAAAAAAAAUCUAAACAAUACAAAAAAUGUUUAAAGAGUAAAAAAUCAACAAAAAAUAAAUGAAUAUUAUGUAAAAAAAAAAAAAA